AUGGCUGUAAAAGCCCUCAUCUCCACUCUGGAGGAUGAAAUCCUUGAUCCUGAAGAAGAAACAUUCUUCCUGUUCUCCCAUGAUAUUCCGUCCUCAAACCUAGGUUUCAUCGACCCCAAAGCGACGACGCUAUCGCUCACCCUCGCGGACCGGGACUUCACCAUCCACCAAUCUCCGACGGUCCUCUCAUCAACCCGGGCAGGCGGCACAACCGGCGCUGUCCUCUGGAAAAUCACCCCCCUCUUCGCAACCUACCUCUCCUCCCCAACAUCCCCCUUCAACCCCAUCUUCACACCCACCUCCACAGUCCUAGAGCUAGGCUGUGGCAUCUCCCCAUUGACAGCCCUCCUCCUCGCGCCCAGAAUAUCCCGCUACAUCCUCACAGACCAGCCAUACGUCUCGCGCAUGAUCCACCAGAACCUCGAAGCGAACCCCCUCCCAUCCUCCACCGCUUCAAAACCCUCCUCCCGUCGGAAAAAGACCACUUCCACUGCCAGCAACACCUCAGCAUCCUCAAGCCCGGGAAGCAUACAAUUCAGGUCCCUGGAUUGGGAACUCGACACCCCGACGCCCUCCCUCACAGGCUCACCCGCGACCCGCUCCUUCGACGCCGUCGUGUGCUGCGACUGCAUCUACAACGAGGCCCUGGUCGAUCCCCUCGUCUCCACGACCGCCGACCUCGCUCGGCUCCGCCUACGCAUCCAGGAAGAGGAAGAGGAAACCGACGCGGAGGAGGCGGAGCGGUCCGAGCCGUGCGUGUGCAUAGUGGCUCAGCAGCUACGUAGCCCCGACGUGUUUGAGGAAUGGGCCAAGAGCUUUCAUAAGCAGUUCCGCAUGUGGAGGGUCCCGGACGAGUUGUUGCCCGAGGGGUUGAGGAUCGAGUCCGGUUUCGUGGUCCACGUUGGUACCUUGCGAGAGUCAAAGUUUGAACCUUGA